CUUUCACCCCCCUCUCUAUCUCUAUCUCACUCACUCUCUCACUCUCUCACUCUGUCUCUCUCUCUCUCUCUCACACACACACUCCCUGAGCUGCGAACUGGACCAGAUAGUAUCUCUCCAGUAUCCAGUUCCACAGCCUCAUUUCUCCACACACCAGCUCUGGGUGACAGCUCAGUAGGGGUGUCUGGGAAAUACAGCCUGCUGUAAGGGACGUCUCAGGGAGUUCUACUGACCAGAUACAGGUCACUUGAGCGACUGGCGUUGCACUGCAUCAGUUUACACAGCCCACUCACACACAGGGACGCACCGCACGCUCUCUGGCUGUAUCCCGUUCCUGUCACUCUCCACACUACUUUUCCAGAGAGCCCGGAGAGCUGAGAAUGGGCAAAUCCGAAAGCCAAAUGGACAUCAUGGAAAAAUCUACCAAACCAGGGAAGCGUCGUUGGACUGUUGCAGAGAUUGGGCUGUCUGUGCUGUUGUUGCUGGUCAGCUGUGCCCUAGCUGGACUGAUAGUCCUCUACACAUCGGCUCUGAGAGAGCGGUCCAAUAGACCUGGUGUGUCAAGGAGCUCAGUCACUGAGGGGCAGAAGUAUCGUUCUGGCCCCAGCAAUGUUUGCACAACUCCUGAGUGCGUCACAGCAGCCGCUCGUCUCUUGCAGAACAUGGAUGCGACGGUGGAGCCGUGUCAGAACUUCUACCAAUAUGCUUGUGGGGGCUGGCUGGAGCGUCAUGUCAUCCCAGAGACCAGCUCCCGUCACAGUGUCUUCGACAUCCUCAGAGACAGGCUGGAGAUUGUGCUCAAAGGAGUUUUUGAGACUGAGAGUGAUCAGGACCGUGACGCCUUCAAGAAGGCCAAAACUCUCUACAGCUCCUGCAUGAAUGAGACUCUGAUAGAGCAGCGCGACUCCCAGCCACUCAUGCUUCUCAUUGACAGCAUAGGAGACUGGCCUGCUGCCUCAGAGGACUGGAACAGCACUACUGAGGAGGCCUGGAGCCUGGAGGACACUCUAGCCACCCUCAUCUCUCGUUACCACAAGAAGGUCCUGCUGGAUAUGUAUGUGUGGACUGAUGACCGCGACUCCCGGCGCCACAUCAUCUACAUUGACCAGCCAGGACUAGGAAUGCCAUCCAGAGAGUAUUACUUCAAUGAUGGAAACUACAAAAGGGUUCGAGAGGCCUACCUGCAGUUCAUGGUUUCCAUGGUGAGGAUUGCCCGGGAAGACAGGAACUUGACCCAGGAAGAUGAUCGUGUGGUCGAGGAGAUGGUGCAAGUGCUGGAGCUGGAAACAGAUAUUGCAAAUGCCACAUCCCCUGCAGAGGAGCGACAGGAUGUCACGAUUCUCUACAAAAAGAUGACCCUGACUGAGCUGCAGGAGUCCUUCAAUCUCAACGGUUUUAACUGGACAAGGUUUGUGCGUGGUGUGUUGUCCAGCGUGGCUGUGAAGGUACAGCUGGAAGAGGAGGUGGUGGUCUAUAGCUCCCCUUACCUGGAUAAGAUGAACAAAGUGCUCUCCAAACACACUGUCAGAACCAUGCAGAACUACCUCACCUGGCAGGUUGUCAUGGAGAGAGUCAGCAGCCUUAGUCGCCGCUUCAAAGAUGCCAGGGCACACUAUAGAAAGGCCCUGUAUGGGACGACAGUAGAGGAGGCGCGGUGGAGAGACUGUGUGCGUUACGUCCAGGGCAGCAUGGAGAAUGCAGUGGGGGCUCUGUAUGUGCGAGAGACCUUUGCUGGUGAGAGUAAACGCAUGGUUAGUGACCUCAUCAGUAAGAUCCAGGAAGCGUACGUGGAGACGCUAGAGGAGUUGAGCUGGAUGGAUGACCAGUCUAAGGAAAAAGCAAGAGAGAAGGCCAUGGCCAUUAAGGAGCAUAUUGGCUAUCCUGACCACAUUCUGGAAGAGAGCAAUCUGAAGCUUGACCAGGAGUAUGCCCAUUUGAACUUUAGCGAGGAGAACUACUUUGAGAACAUCCUUGAGAACCUGCAGGCUGAAGCACACAAGAGUUUGAAGAAGCUGAGAGAGCCGGUCAACCCAGACAUGUGGAUCAUUGGUGCUGCUGUGGUCAAUGCUUUCUACUCACCAAACAGAAACCAGAUAGUAUUCCCUGCAGGUAUCCUGCAGCCUCCUUUCUUCAGUAAGCAGCAGCUCCAGGCCCUGAACUUUGGAGGAAUAGGGAUGGUCAUUGGACAUGAGAUCACCCAUGGGUUUGAUGACAAUGGCCGUAAUUUUGAUAAGGAUGGUAACAUGCUUAACUGGUGGAGUAAUUAUUCUGCUGAGCACUUCAAGGACCAAUCACAAUGUAUGGUGCAACAAUAUGGCAACUUCAACUGGAAACUCGCAGGCGGACAAAAUGUCAGUGGAAUUAGCACUUUGGGGGAGAACAUCGCUGACAACGGAGGAGUUCGGCAAGCCUAUAAGGCCUACAUGAAGUGGAUGGAGAGAGAAGGUGAAGAGCAUCGUUUACCUGGUCUGGACAUGGACCACAAACAACUUUUCUUUCUUAACUUUGCCCAAGUAUGGUGUGGUGCUUAUCGGCCUGAAUAUGCCAGCCAGUCCAUCAAAACGGACUCCCACAGUCCCCUGGAAUACAGGGUGCUCGGCUCCCUACAGAAUUUUGGAGCAUUCUCAGAGGCAUUCCAGUGCAAACCGGGUACUCCCAUGAACCCUGAGAUAAAAUGUCGGGUGUGGUAGCCAGUUCCUGCCUUCUUCUACUCUUGUUAAUUAUUUAUUGACUGGGGCAACUGAACAAAAGAACAUGCUUAACUACCACAGAGGCAUCCUGAGUAUGUCUGAUAGACUUACAUGGCAGAAGAUAAUAGAUAUUUACACAAGUGUUUUAACAGUGUGUAAAUGCAGAAUACAGUCUAUAUAUGGACUGGAUAACUGACCAAAAUACACCCUAGUAUCACCACUUGAAGCAGAUUAAAACUAUGAUUAGACAGGAAAAACACUUGCAAGGAGUAUGUGCUUAGAUGGCUACUCAGCUUGAAGAUGUUGUCUGUGGGUGAACAGUUUUACUUGUGGUUUUGUUGUAUACACUCUCAGGAAAAAAAGAUUCUGGGUAGAACCAAAAAAGGUUUCUAUAAUUGCUUAAUUUAUGGCACCCCUAAAGGUUCUAUAUAGAGCCUUUAGGGGUUGUUCUUCACUGAACCAAAUUGGAUCCAUAUAGGGUUCUAAAUUUUAGUUCAGUGAAUAAGAAUAAGGGUGCCAUAUAUGAAGCAAGCAGAGAUCCCUUUUUCUCUAAGAGUGUACUUCAAUCUGAAGCUCCACUGUGGGUGGUCAGUUGAUACAUGAAUAGUCGGGGAAAUGUAGGAAAUUCCUAAGAUUUUGUAGAAUAGGUUUCAGCCGAGCUGGCUUUAAAUGCUUUAACUGACUUUUUGAAGAAUUUCCUAAACAACUCUUUCUGCUUUUUGUCAAGUCAUUCGGGUGGCAAAUCCACAGCGCUUUGAAGCCCACAUAUUUAGUGGCUUAAAUCUAUGUGCCGAGUAUCUUUAGGCACCGUGUUGCCUUGUACGAUCCUGUCUGAUAUGAAACAUUUGUUUUUCAAGACAUUUUUCCACAAAGCAAAGAGGUAAAGUGAAUAAUAACAUACUGGUUGAAUCAACGUUUUUCCCACGAUGAAAUUACGUGGAACCAACGUGGAAUAGACAUUGAAUUGACGUCUGUGCCCAGUGGGAAGUUUCUCAUUACAGUGUGACUACGAAAUGAAUAAAGGCUCUGUGAGAAAAUGUAGAGCAAGCAGUGAACUAGAGCUGGCUUGGCUACGUCACUCUUUGAAAUAAAGCAAUUUACCUGAAGACAGACUGUUAAACAUUUGCAGCUUUAAUCUUAUAUGAACAUUUAGAAAAUCUAAAAAGGAUGGCUUAAAUUUUUUGCUACAACAUACACUACCGUUCAAAAGUUUGGAGUCACUUAGAAAUGUCCUCGUUUUUGAAAGAAAAUCAAAAAUUUUGUCCAUUAAAAAAACAAUAAAUUGAUCAGAAAUACAGUGUAGACAUUGUUCAUGUUGUAAAUGACUAUUGUAACUGGAAACAGCUGAUUUAAAAAUAUAUAUACUUUCUUCUGAAACUCGUCAGUCUAUUCUUGUUCUGAGAAAUGAAGGCUGUUCCAUUCGAGAAAUUGCCAAGAAACUGAAGAUCUCGUACAACGCUGUGUUCUACUCCCAUCACAGAACAGCGCAAACUGUCUUUAACUAGAAUAGAAGGAGGAGUGGGAGGCCCCAGUGCACAACUGAGCAAGAGGACAAGUACAUUAGAGUGUCUAGUUUGAGAAACAGACGCCUCACAAGUCCUCAACUGGCAGCUUAAGGAAAUAGUACCCGCAAACACAAGUCUCAACGUCGACAGUGAAGAGGAGACUCCGGGAUGCUGGCCUUCUAGGCAGAGUUCUUCUGUCCAGUGUCUGUGUUCUUUUGCCCUUCUUAAUGUUUUAUUGGCAAGUCUGAGAUAAGGCUUUUUCUUUGGAACUCUGCCUAGAAGGCCAGCAUCUCAGAGUCGCCUCUUCACUGUUGACUUUGAGACUGGUGUUUUGCGGGUACUAUUUAAAGAAGCCUUUCAGUUACUGGCCCAACGCUCUAACCACUAGGCUACCUGCCGCCCCAAUGCUGUGUAGUACACAGCGUUGUACGAGCUCUUCAGUUUCUUGGCAAUUUCUCGCAUGGAAUAGCCUUCAUUUCUCAGGACAAGAAUAGACUGACAAGUUUCAGAAGAAAGUUAUUUGUUUGUGGCCAUUUUGAGCCUGUAAUCGAACCCACAAAUGCUGAUGCUCCAGAUACUCAACUAGUCUAAAGAAGGCCAGUUUUAUUGCUUCUUUAAUCAGAACAACAGUUUUCAGCUGUGCUAACAUAAUCGCAAAAGGCUUUUCUAAUGAUCAAUUAUCCUUUUAAAAUGAUCAACUUGGAUUAGCUAACACAACAUGCCUUUGGAACACAGGAAUGAUGGUUGAUAAUGGGCCUCUGAACGCCGAUGUAGAUAUUCCAUAAUAAAUCUGCCGUUUCCAGCUACAAUAGUCAUUUACAACAUUAACAAUGUCUACACUGUAUUUAUGAUCAAUUUGAUGUUAUUUUAAUGGACAAAAAAUGUCAUUUCCUUUCAAAAAUAAGGACAUUUCCAAUUGACCCCAAACUUUUGAAUGGUAGUGUAUAUAAAUGUGAAAUCUACAAAUAUGUAAUUGCUUGGAAAGUAGCUUAAAAGACUUGCUAGGCUAACACUGUUUUCUUUGAGAGUUAUAGUGAUGAUCUGCCACGGAUUGAUCAGUAUCUUAUUUAUGAUAGAUACUCAAUACACGGUCACAACUGUAAGUUGAAACUAAGUGAUUUUAAUUACUGUAUGUCUUGUGUUACAUUUCAUAGAUAAACAUUUGAUCAACCAGUGUUCCUUAUCUCAGAGCAUUGGGCCUUAUGAGGAUAUGGUCAGAAAGGAACAUUUAGAGAGGUACAUUUCAAAAAGGUGCACAGAGAAGUCUAAGUGUAUACAAUGCUUUAGGUUUUUUGCAUAGAAAAAAGAACUGAAAACUGAUCCCAACAUCCCGUAAUAGAGUCAUGGGUUUGGACUAGCUAGUGACUUAAUGAGGAAUGUGUAGUCAUGCCUCAGCUGCAUGGCGUCCCACCUGUAAAACAAGACAUUAUCUGUACAGAGGAAGGAAACCUCUACAUACACACUGGGCCCUAAACAGGGGAAUCAUGUCCCUUUCCUCCAUUUCUCCUCCCUCCAUUAUAUAUAUUUUUUAAAAUGUACAAAGAGACAAAACAUCUGUUACUUUUGCAUCUGGAUCCCUCUUUCCAUAUUGGAUGUGCAAGAAAUGGAGGAAUUAAAUAGAAUAAAGUAUUCUACUGAAAUGGGAUACUGUGUGUAGCAGUUCCUUUUAUGGCCUAUUAUCUUUCAUGGUCUGACUUGGCUGUCUAAAAUGCCAACAUUUCAGAGAUUACUACGAAAUGUUCCACAACGGUUUCCAGGACAGACAGCACAUGUUCACAAUUUGUACAAAAAUUAUUUUAAUUUCAUUUAUUUUUAUUGUGAUUUACACUUGAUAUUACAACCCCCCCCCACCCACCCCACACACACACACACACACACACACACACACACACACACACACACACACACACACACACACACACACACGAGGUGGAAUGUAGGUAUGAAUAAAGACACUGGAAACUCCACAAGUGUAGGUGAGGGGUGAAGUGGUACCUCUUGAUCACUGCCAUUGAUCAGUGGCCUAGGUAUGGAAAGGCUGUGUGCUGUAGCAUGUAUGAGGACUGUCGGGAGCAUGUUAACUAACCACUAUAAGGGGUCUCAUGAUAACACAGAUGGACAGAUGGACACUGGGGAAAUGGCUUCUCAUUAGAUAGUUGCCAGUCAGUGGCAGGACUGUUUCAAUGUUGAUUAACAAGCAGCAGAACUAAAGAGCAGAACAGGAGAGUGGAACAGAGAACCGGACAAAAUGAUUAAACAGGCUGGCAUGGUGCUGAGGAAAACAAACACACCGAUAUUGCUGAGAGCUCAACACAGUCAGGAUGCCUUGGUCAAUUGAACAUGACUGUUCUGUCUCAUCAGAGACUGAUUUAUUGAAUGUUCAUGAUAUACUGUAUCUGCUUUUGAAACUUUUUCUACAUUCACUCUGCCUGUUUACUUCUUGUAAUGGCUUACUGUAGACUGGUGUACAGUGCAGGGGAUUCCAAUAGCUUUGGGACUAGGAUGUGAGUGGUGUUGUAGUAUAAUGACAGUCAAAGUGACUCCCCAUAGUUUACAAGGAAUUAAAAUAACCAUUGACCAUGCAAAGCUGUGUCUCAAACGGCACACUAUACUUUGGGAUGUACCCUUGUAUUUGUUGUUGGUUUUUCCUCUGGAAAAAGUUUCAAAAUAGUAACUUACAUUUAAACAGCCUACUGUUAUAAGGCACAGUAUAGUGGUGUCAAUACCAUCUGCACAGAAAAUAUUUUGAGGAUUGUACUUCAUACACAUUUUGUCUAUAAAAACAUAGCACACACACACAUAUACAGUACCAGUCAACAGUUUGGACACACCUACUCAUUCAAUGGUUUUUCUUUAUUUAUACUGUUUUCUACAUAGAAUAUUAGUGAAUAAUAGUGAAGACAUCACAACUAUAAAAUAACACAUAUGGAAUCAUAUCGUAACCAAAAAAGUGUUAAACAAAUCAAAAUGUAUUUUAUAUUUGAGAUUCUUCAAAGUAGCCACCCUUUGCCUUGAUGACAGCUUUGCACACUCUUGGCAUUUUCUCAACCAGCUUCAUGAGGAAUGCUUUUCCAACAGUCUUGAACGAGUUUCCACAUAUUCUGAGCACUUGUUGGCUGCUUUUCCUUCACUCUGCGAUCCAACUCAUCCCAAACCAUCUCAAUUGGUUUGAGGUCAGGUAAUUGUGGAGGCCAGGUCAUCUGAUGAAGCACUCCAUCACUCUCCUUAGUCAAAUAGCCAAAACGCUUCCUGGCGGUGUGUUUUGGGUAAUUGUGCUGUUGAAAAACAAAUGAUAGUUCCACGAAGCGCAAACCAGUUGGGAUGGCCUAUCACUGUAGAAUGCAGUGAUCGCCAUGCUGGUUAAGUGUGCCUUGAAUUCUAAAUAAAUCACAGACAGUGUCACCAGCAAAACACCUCCACACCAUCACACCUCCUCCUCCAUGCUUCACGGUGGGAACCACAUAUUCAGAGAUAAUCCAUUCACCUACUUUGCGUCUCACAAAGAAACAACGGUUGGAACCAAAAAUCUCAAGAUUGGACUCAUCAGACCAAAGGAUAGAUUUCCACCGGUCUAAUGUCUGUCCAUUGCUCGUGUUUCUUGGCCCAAGCAGGUCUCUUCUUAUUAUUGGUGUCCUUUUAGUAGUGGUUUCUUUGCAGCAAUUUGACCAUGAAGGCCUGAUUCACUCAGUCUCCUCUGAAGAGUUGAUGUUGAGAUGUGUCUGUUACUUGAACUUUAUUUGCGCUGCAAGGCUGGUAACUCUAUGAACAUCCUCUGCAGCAGAGGUAACUCUGGGCCUUCCUUUUCUGUGGCUGUCCUCAUGAGAGAGAGUUUCGUCAUUGCGCUUGAUGGUUUUUGCUACUGCACUUAAAGAAAUGUUCAAAGUUCUUGAAAUGCUCCACAUUGACUGACCUUCAUGUCUUAAAGUAAUGAUGGACGGUCGUUUCUCUUUGCUUGAGCCGUUCUUGUUAUAAUAUGGACUUAGUCUUUUACCAAAUAGGGCUAUCUUCUGUAUACCACCACUACCUGGUACAACACAACUGAUUGGCUGAAAUGCAUUAAGAAGGAAAGACAUUUCACAAAUGAACUUUUCACAAGGCACACCUGUUAAUUGAAAUGCAUUCCAGGUGACUACCUCAUGAAGCUGGUUGAGAGAAUUCCCCAGAGUGUGCAAAGCUGUCAUCAAGGUAAAUGGUGGCUACUUCAAAGAAUCUCAAAUACAAAAUAUAUUUUUAUUUGUUUAACACUUUUUUGGUUACUACAUGAUUCCAUAUGUGUUGUUUCAUAGUUUUGAUGUAUUCACUAGUAUUUUAUAAUUUAGAAAAUGGAAAAUUUAGAAAUAAAGAAAAACACUUGAAUGAGUAGGUGUGUCCAAAUUUUAGACGGGCACUAUAUAUAUAUAUAUAUAGUAUAGCUCCUUUAACCUGUGAUAAUAGAUGGACAUUUCCCCACUAUAGUAUUCCUUAGACCAUGAUAAUUAAAUAAAUAAAUAAUAUAGAUAGAGUAUCUGGUAUUGGAUGUUCAUUCUUCUUGCAUAACUACCUUAUGAUAUAACUCUAAACCAAAAUGGAACACGCAGAAAAUACAUUUCUGAAACCACAAAAUGAUACCUUGUCAUUGCUGUGUGCUUCUCUGUUAUUCGCAGGUGAAAGCUUAUACCGCUAUAUAAUUAUCUAGACCAGCUAUUUUUGUGACUCACAAUCCCUUAUUAGCGCUAUCAAUUGAUUGUUUACCUGAGAUGUUUCAAGUCUCCAUUUUCAAUGUUUAAUUGUGAUUAUUAUAGAGCUAUUGAGCUAAAUCCUUACUUCUCAAACUCGUGAGUAAUUUUCAAACUAUUGAUUAUAGUAAAUGAUGGGUACUUUACAAUGUUCUGAAUUUGUGCUGUUUUGUGAUAAAUUACAUAUUGCAUAAGCAUUGCAUUAGUAAUAUGCAAUUUAUUAUGUCACUGUAUAUCUUGAUGUAAAAACAAAUGCUAUACUUAUUGAAGAUAUGAAGUCAAAUUGAUUAAAUGAACUUGUCUAAGCAUCA